AUGUUUCCUACGCAAUAUGUAACUGAGUGGAGGUCUUACAAUCGCGGAUGGCCUUCCAGAGUUGUAUUGCAUCGAAGGAUGGAGACGAAAAAGAAAAGAAAGAAGAAAAACGAAAAAGCAAAGAGAACCCUUGUCGAGUACAUUACCUACCCGUCAUCAACCCUCAAGGGUUCGUGUUUCAAGGGGCUUUUAGGUGACUUUAGUCCGUUGAUGGAGACGAGGAUAAACCUUGAAAGAAAAUGCUUGAAAGGCAUGGAGGACGAACCAUCAAAAUGUAUUGCCUCGGUACCUACCGAGGCAGGUACCUACCUAGAGAGCUUGCAGGGCCCUAGGCAGGCUCAAGGGAAAAGAAAGAAAGCGCGGAUACUUAGAGGCAACUUUACGAAGAACAGAGCAGCUAAUGCUGGUGCUGGUGCUGGUGCUGUAAGAGAAGAAAAGGUUGCCAGCUACAUGCAUCUGUUGCACUGUGCCGUUGCCAUGCUUGCCGUCCCUGUCUUAGGUACUACCUAUGUAACCUACUUGAUUUAUGACGGGACGAUGUGGAAAGUGAGGUAA